UGGGGGGAGAGCAGCAGCGGCGGCGGCGGCAGCAGCAGCAGCAGCUUUGGACCGUUGGCUGUUGCAGCGCGCGCCGAGCGCGCGGGCCGGCCCGGCCGGCGUUCUAUUUUAAUUUGAACCGCCCGCGGGCUGUCAGCAAAGCAACGUUUUUUUUUCUCUCACUAACCGUCGCUUUACCACCCGACCCGUCCUGAGCGGCGGCGGCGACGACGGCGGGAGGAGGAGGAGGAGGAAGAAGAAGAAGAAGAAGAGACGGUGGAUGGUGAGCGGGGCAGAGGAAUGGGUGCCCUUAAACUGACGGAGCAGCCUCUGUUGGUUCAGGCAAUAUUUAAUGGUAAUCCUGAUGAAGUGCGGAUGCUAAUUUAUAAAACCGAAGAUGUCAAUGCUUUGGAUUCAGAGAAACGGACUCCAUUGCAUGCAGCUGCCUUUCUGGGUGAUGCUGAGAUCAUUGAGCUGCUCAUCUUGUCAGGGGCCCGUGUUAAUGCAAAAGAUAGUAUGUGGCUAACCCCAUUGCAUCGUGCCAUCGCUUCACGGAGUGAAGAAGCUGUCCACAUUUUGAUAAAACAUUCUGCAGAUGUCAAUGCGCGGGACAAAAAUUGGCAGACACCGCUGCAUGUAGCGGCUGCGAACAAGGCUGUAAACUGUGCAGAAGCUAUAAUUCCGUUUCUUAGCAGUGUCAAUGUGUCUGACAGAGGGGGCAGGACAGCCCUGCACCAUGCUGCACUCAAUGGGCAUAUAGAGAUGGUAAAUCUCCUAUUAGCAAAAGGGGCCAAUAUUAAUGCUUUUGAUAAGAAGGAUAGAAGAGCUUUGCACUGGGCAGCUUAUAUGGGUCAUGUUGAACUACUUUCUUUGCUGGUGAGUCAUGGAGCGGAAGUUACUUGCAAGGAUAAAAAAGGUUACACCCCACUCCAUGCAGCUGCAUCCAAUGGGAAGAUUAGUGUGGUGAAGCACCUGAUUAAUCUUGCGGUCGAAAUUGAUGAACCAAAUUCCUAUGGAAAUACAGCACUCCACAUUGCCUGUUACAACGGUCAAGAUGCUGUGGUCAAUGAACUCAUUGACUAUGGUGCUAAUGUAAAUCAGCCCAACAAUAAGGGAUUCACCCCUUUGCACUUUGCUGCUGCUUCAACUCAUGGUGCUUUGUGUCUUGAACUAUUAGUGAAUAAUGGAUCAGAUGUAAACUUCCAGAGUAAAGAUGGCAAGAGUCCAUUACACAUGACCGCAGUCCAUGGAAGGUUCACACGAUCACAAACUCUCAUUCAAAAUGGUGGUGAGAUAGACUGCGUUGAUAUAGACGGCAAUACCCCAUUGCAUGUGGCUUCCAGAUAUGGGCAUGAACUUCUGAUUAAUACCUUGAUAACCAGUGGAGCUGAAACGGCAAGGCGUGGUGUCCAUGGAAUGUUUCCCUUGCAUUUAGCAGCACUAAAUGCACAUGCUGACUGUUGCAGGAAGUUGUUGACUUCAGGGCAAAAAUAUAGCAUUGUUUCCUCAUUUAGUAAUGAGCGAGUCCUGUCUGCAGGCUUUGAGAUAGACACUCCAGAUACUUUUGGAAGGACUUGUCUUCAUGCUGCUGCAGCAGGAGGCAACGUAGAUUGUAUAAAACUGCUGUUGAGCAGUGGAGCGGAUUUCAAUAAGAAGGACAGAUGUGGCCGGACCCCACUGCAUUAUGCAGCUGCAAAUUGUAAUUACCAGUCUAUUAUGACACUGGUGACAACAGGAACCAACAUUAAUGAAACUGAUGAGCGAGGCUGCACUGCUUUGCACUAUGCUGCAGCAUCAGACAUGGACAAAAAGAAAAAAAAUAUCUUGGAAAAUUCAGAUGAAAAUAUUGAAGACGUUGAUAACACAAAUGAGACGAAAGAAAAGGAGGCCUCGUUAUGCCUACAUUAUUUGCUCCAUAAUGAUGCCAAUCCAGGAAUUCGAGACAAGCAGGGUUAUAAUGCUGUCCACUAUGCAGCUGCAUAUGGGCAUAAGCAAUGUCUGGAACUGAUUGCCAGCAAAAACUCCUUGGAGUUUCUUAUGGAGACAACUGGCAGCAGUUUUGAUGAUCCUGAUUCAGCAGCUCCAAAGAGCCCUUUGCAUCUGGCUGCCUAUAAUGGACAUCACCAAGCCCUUGAAGUACUUAUUCACUCCAUUAUUGACCUGGAUGUGAAAGAUGCAAAUGGACGCACAGCCUUAGAUUUAUCAUCAUUUAGAGGUCAUACGGAAUGUGUUGACGCUCUCAUUAAUCAAGGUGCUUCCAUCCUAGUGAAAGACAAUGUAGCUAAAAGAACCCCACUUCAUGCAGCAGUGUCCAAUGGUCACACAACAUGCCUACGCUUAUUGAUAGAGAGUGCAGAUGGGUCGGACGCAGUUGAUGUAACAGAUGGCAAAGGACAGACGCCUAUGAUGCUUGCAGUGGCGAAUGGACAUAUUGAUGCAGUUAUUUUGUUACUUGAAAAGGGUGCAAAUGUAGAUGCAGUAGAUAAACAAGGCUGCACAGCCUUGCAUCGUGGGGUUGUUACAGGUCAUGAAGAAUGUGUGGAAAUGCUGCUGGAACAUGAUGCAUCUGUUCUGUGUCGUGAUUCCAAAGGAAGGACGCCUUUACAUUUCGUAGCAGCAUGUGGUCAUGUGACCUUGUUGUGCAAUUUAUUACAGGCAGCACUUUCUAUAGGUUCCCUAGCAAAUCUAAUAGAUAAUUACGGCUGUACACCUUUGCACUGGGCUUGCUACAAUGGUCAUGAAAAUUGCUUAGAGGUACUACUGGAUCAAAAGGAAUUUCGGAAAUUCGAGGGUACUCCUUUUACUCCUUUGCACUGUGCUAUAAUAAAUGACCAUGAAAAUUGUGCAGAAAUGUUAAUAGAAGCUUUAGGUGCCACAAUUGUUGAUUCCAGAGAUGCCAAAGGAAGAACUCCUCUUCAUGCAGCUGCUUUUACAGAUCAUAUAGAGUGCUUGCAGUUGCUGUUAAGUCGUAACUCUCAAGUGAAUCCUAUUGACAAUUCAGGGAAAACUCCAUUAAUGAUGGCAGCUGAAAAUGGACAAUGUGGAGCUGUAGAGAUCCUGGUAAACAGUGCAAAGGCUGAUUUAACUCUAAAAGACCACAACAAGAAUACAGUUCUUCACUUGGCUUGUAGCAAAGGUCAUGAAAAAUGUGCCUUGUUGGCCCUUGAGAAGAUAGAUGACGUGAGCCUUAUUAAUGCAACAAAUAAUGCAUUACAAACACCUCUUCAUAUAGCUGCACGAAAUGGACUUAAAAAAGUUGUUCAAGAUUUGCUGAGCAAAGGGGCAAGUGUUAUUGCUGUGGAUGAAAAUGGUCACACCCCAGCCCUGGCUUGUGCUCCUAACAAAGAUGUGGCUGACUGUCUGGCACUCAUUUUGGCUACCAUGAUGCCUUUCUGUCCUCCCAGUACAAUGACAUCCUUCAGCAUCAGCCUAAUAAAAAAUGACAAUUUGAACGCACAGCUGUCCUAUGAUUCCCCUAAUACGGGUAGCAACAUUAAUUCUCUCACUGAACCGUUGUAUAAUAGUGCAGGAGAAGUGGAUGGGUGUCAGGAAGAAGAUGACAACGAUUCAGACUCUGAGACUUUCUGAUCGAUGUUAGAAAGAUUGACAUGCAUUGGUAAAAGCCUAAGGCUUACACAAAUUAAAGAUUGCAAAUUGAUCAAGUACUGCAUAUUAAAAAGCACUUAUUUAAAAGGCACUUUUUCUUACAGAUUUUUAGCGGGAAAGCAGAAAACUAGGAGUAUUGGUAUAUACGUACUGAUGAGAGAAUAGAAUAACCUUUUCAAAUCAGCACAAAGAAACAUGUAUUUGCACUUCAGAAAAUUUAUGGUUAUAGAGUUGCUAGGGACUAACUAUACACCUGAGCCGUUAACUACUGAUCUGUGGUGAAUGAACUGUUCCAGACUGCUGUGGAAAAUGUAAGGAAUCCUUAGAUUCCAAAAAACCUGUGACAUCCUUCAUUUUAAAUGUACCAGCAGGUGUAGGUUAGUGUUCCAUCGAGCAGUGUGGUAUUCUUACCUUUUUAUACAGCCUCAUUGGCAGCCUUUAACAAUGCACAGCAAUUUUGUUGGAAUCUACCCACCUGUAGGAUGAAGAGAGACAGAGUAACUGCCACCAAGAAAAGUUGUGAUAAAGUCUGCUUCAUCUGCCAAAGCUUAUGUGUUAAAUGGACCCAUUCUUUCACCUGUGACAGGGACACAGCAGGUGGAAUGACAAAUUAUUUUUAUGUCUGGCCAGCUACGCCAAAUGGACCAAACGCGCCGCAGAUUGGGACUGUUGCUGUUUUUGUUCCUCCAAAAUUGAAGCCUUUUUUAGUUGUCAAUUUAUAAUGUACUAUUUUUGCAGUGACGUUGAUGUGGUCUGUUACUGAAAACAAUGCAGUAUUUGAGAUACAAAAUAAAUUGCGUUUCACAUUAGCAAGUUCAGAUAUUAUUAGGUUUGUAGAAUAAAUUUUCAGAGUUAUGUACAAAAACCUUGUGUGAGUACUUUUAUUGCUCUGUACAAUGACAGAGCUGAUACUGCAACCUCAUUGAUUUGAUUACAAGCACUGAAGAACUUUCAUGGAACCUUAAUUAUCUUGCUAUUCCAGUAGUACUGUAUGGAAUCGUUCCACAAAGUUAAAUUCCAGUAUAGAGACCUCUGAUAUGAAAUUGCUUUACAGCAAUGCUUACCAUAUCAUAUUAAAGCACUGAAAUGAAAGGGAAUAGGCCAAAAGUAAUGGUAGCACAUAGAGAAAAUAAGUGUUUCAUUAACAAGCUUUAUUAAAUGAAAGCUGCAGCAUCACUUUUCAGAUCUAUCUGCUUGCCUGUUUCAUUUACUGAAAUGGACUCAGCUAGUAAUUUCUUUGUACUGUGGCUGUUUUUAAUACACUUCAUUUUGAAAGCAGGUCUGUUAGGUGAAUCAAUGGAAUACAAAAUGAAUACAUUUUUGAUUACAUAAAUUUAGGCAGGUAUUGAUGUACUUUUAAACUUUUUAUAGUUUCAAAUAUAGGCAUAGAGACCCAGCAAAAGAGAUACUGGAACUUUAAGAUCCAUUACAUUGUGAUUGGCAAUCUUUGUAGCAAAUCGUUUGAAUACGAUUUUUGUUCCAUUAUAAAAUAGUUAGAGUGCCUUUAUGCCCAAGAAUAUAUUCCAGAUGGUUUCCAAAUAUCUUGUAGCAUUUUGCUAAUACAGUAAUAUCCAAGCAAUAAAGUCAAUUUGUUUUUAAACCUACAUUGAAUGUAAAAUUUUCUUUUAAAGGUCCAAAAGCAUCUGAAUGAAGAGUGGUUUGUUCAUUAAAACCAUCGUAUGGAUUUUUGUUGCAGUGCUGUAACAUGCUUUGAAGUAAAGUCUUGCUUGGAAAAGACUUUGCUAGUCGUAAAUCGGUAUUAUUUGGAAAAGGGCAUUUAAAAAUUAGACAAUCUGACAGUGUGUUAAAACCAUGAAAACAAUUUUGUGAAAGCUUAUGCAGUGGUCUGUCUAUUAAAAGCCUAUAUCUUCCAUUUGGUAGUCUUGUCUACUAUGCUUUAGCAUGUGCAAUAUGUCUUGUAUGGUAUAGUAUGGUAUCAUGAUACAGUGACAGUGUUAUUCCGUUUUAUGCAGUGAAUGUGUAACAAUCUAGUGAAAAAUGAACUUGUAUGCUAGAAUCAGUAAUCUAUGGCAGUUUAAUGUAUUUGGUCACAUUUCUACUGUUAAGUAGAAGGUGGUACGAAGCUUUUAUGGCUUUUUGAUGUACUUCAAAACUUUCAAAGUGUAUGAAGUAAAUCAGAAUCGAUCUAAUUCUUGUCUGGACCUCGAGCACAUUUUGCUAAUGUACUUUUGUGAACUACUGAAUGCUUCAGUGAUGUAAAGAAGUACCUGCUUGUAAACUACUUUUUGUAAAAAGCAUUCAGAUGCUGUGUAUUUUUAUGAAAAUAAAGGGUACAGAGGCUGAUGCAGUAA